AUGUGCGAUGUCGAUGGAUUCUUAGCCAACGCCAUAAAUCAUGAGUGCACGCGUCGCGGAUUGGAUUACCGGACGGAUCUCGUUCAUAUUCCGCUCUCGGUAUGGCUAUGUGGAAUUCUCUGCGAAGGCAGAAGAUUAAUGCUGAAGACACAGGUGACAGGAUGGUGCUUCUUUGCGCUGCUAGCGGCCAACUGUGUGUUCGCGCUGCCCAACUACAUUCCGCGCGAGGUGGUGGCCAGUGAGCGUCGCGUGGAGGCGCCGAGGGUGGCGGCGGCGCGCCCCGAGGGGCGAAAGUACGCGGAGAAGCCCAACGCCCUGAAGAAGGUGCAUCUAGAUGACAUUGACGACGACAUCCAGACGAACCAGAUCCAGGAGACAGGUCUGGGCUUCUCCUGGACGAACAUGCUGAGCACAAUGCUGCAGAUGCUCUUCCCGGCGGGCGGCAACAACAGUCCCACCAAGAGUGACGACAUCGACAACAAUGUGGGCUUCACGCAGUCCCCGUGGGCCAAUCUGCUGUCCGUGGGCCUGAAGAUCCUCACGGCCAUCCUGGGCGGCGGCCAAAACAACGACGGCAUCGACAAGGUGGACAACGGCGGCGGCGGAUCGCCAAUGCAGGGCAUCCUGGCGGCUGUUCUCUCAGCAAUGUUGGGCGCCAAAGAUCCUGAGCAGGUUAACACGAUGGCCAAGCAGGCUGGUGAGUUCAUCCAUAUCGUCAUGAAUCUGCUGGACGCGCUGAAGACAUCCUUCUCGCAUCGCUCGAUGAGGGCUCGCGGCAUGGGCAGGAAGGACUCCAUGAGCGACGCCGCCGUGGCGGGACUCAGCAUGCUCAAGGGCUACGUGAAGACGUACAAGAACGCCGACGACAAGUGCAUGCAGAAGUACCUGUGCGAGGCCAACACGGAGUGCAACACCAGCAUCGGCGGCAGUAGCAUAUUCUGCCAACUGGGCACCUACGCCACGAGCUUCGUGCUCGAGCGGACCACCAGCACGGCCUUCGAGACCUUCUACGAGGCCGGACGCCAGGGGAGAUCCGGCGUUGACUGCCGAACACUGUAUCUGGAAUGCAACGAAGUCUAA